AUGCCGACUCUUGCUUCGUCCGCAAGAAGUCUUCGCUUAUUUCCUAAUAUUCCCCAACCAUUCAGAGAUGAUUUAGAGACCUAUUGUUUAGAGUUGAAGAAAGUUUGUAUCACAAUCAUUAAGCAUAUGGAAAAAGCUCUUAAAGUUGAACCAAAUGAAAUGCUAGAGUUGUUUGAAAACAUAAAUCAAUCAAUGAGGAUGAAUUUCUACCCUCCUUGCCCUCAACCUGAAAAUGUCAUUGGACUGAAUCCUCAUUCUGAUGCUGAGGCCUUAACAAUCCUUCUCCAAGCCAAUGACAUUGAAGGUCUCCAAAUUAGAAAAGAUGGACAGUGGAUUUCUAUUGCACCACCACUCACCAAUGCUUAUGUCGUAAACGUCGGAGACAUUUUAGAGAUUAUGACAAAUGGAAUUUAUCGGAGUAUCGAACAUUGA